UGUGUCAACUGAGUGCACUGUUUUUCGAGAGUCCGGCCAAGAGGUCCCGCCUUUUAAAACAGCGCCGCGCGCAGUCCGAGGCCUGAGCAACGCCUAACGCCAAGCCGUCAACAUGCUACGCAUCCUUCUCGUCGCGGCCGUCGCCCUGGCCGGCUCCGUCCAUGGGGGCUGGCUACAGCCAGGCACCACGCCCAACAAGUUCAUCGUGACCUACAGCCUCUUCCCGGACCCCCUGCACGCCUUCAGCUUCUACACCAUGCCCCGCACCAUCGCCGAGGCCGAGAAGGACCACUUCGCCCAGGUGUCCACCAACGACGCCGACAGCACCACCCUGUGGUGCCGCAAGAACGACUUCAGGGUGUGCGUGUACUUCGACCAGCGGGGCAGCGUGGCCGGCAUCCAGAGCUCCGUGAGAGUGAGCGAGGUAGAGAAGGCCAAAGUUCCCCUUGACCUCCUUGCUAUCCCCGAGUGGCGCCAGCAGACCCUUCUCGGCGAGGAAGUCUACUCCACUGUGGCCUACUUCCAGCCCCGCGACCAGCUCCUGACCGGCGGCCGCGCUCUGACUGAGGAGACGCACACCGCCCCCGACGGCAUCUACCUGCUGCAGACCGACCGCAACGGCGUCGAGACCGGCCGGCUGCACGUCGCCAACGCCCAGUCUCAGGCCGAGGCCGCCGGCUUCGACGAGCAGGCCUGUUUCCCCGGCAUGGGCAAACACUACUUCCAGAACCUCAAGAAGGACGGCACCUGCGAGGCCCACCGCCCCUACUUCCUGCUGUUCGGACCCAAGAGCAAGGAGCUCCAGGGCUUCGGUUUCGUCCAGUACGGCAAGGUUAGCCAGGGCCGCGGCUGGUUCGAGACUCCCCCGGCAGUCGUCUCCAAGAUCAUCGCCCCGAAGUCCCCCGACUGCCUGACGAAGUGGAUUAAGAAGUACGGCGUGUUCUCCAUCCACGUUUACUUCGUGGAGAAGCCCUGGUACACCCGCUGCUGGUAGUCGCGCUGCGAACGUGGAAUAAAUGGCGAUGACUAUUUA